CUCUCUCUCUCUGUCUCUCUCUGUAUAUGGGUAUAUCUAUCUGCUUGAGUUCGCAAACGAAUCCAGAGGGAGUGAGAGCCACAGAACCAGCGCACAAAAGCGCCAAAUAUAUCCUUUUCCAUACAGUCUCUUGAUUUUCCGGCGAGAUUCGUACUGAAGCAACUACUACUCCGCUGUAGCUCCACCAUGGGGACGACCAUUCUGCCAGAUCUCGCAACCGAGAUUCUGAUUCCAGUCUGCGCCGUUAUCGGAAUCAUUUUCUCUCUUUUCCAGUGGGUCCUCGUCUCCCGUGUCAAGCUCUCGACGGAGAAGGUCGCCGGAGAUGGCAAGAACGGCUUCACGGAAUCACUAAUUGAAGAAGAAGAAGGUAUUAACGACCACAACGUUGUGCAGAAAUGCGCCGAAAUUCAAAACGCCAUCUCUGAAGGGGCGACCUCGUUCCUUUACACAGAAUACAGGUAUGUUGGUGUUUUCAUGGUUGCUUUUGCCAUUUUGAUCUUUGUUUUCCUCGGUUCUGUGGAUGGAUUUAGCACCAAGAGCCAGUCCUGUACAUUCGAUAGCUCGAAAAUGUGCAAACCUGCUCUUGCUACUGCCGUCUUCAGCACCAUAUCUUUCUUGCUUGGUGCUGUCACUUCUGUAGUUUCCGGAUUUCUUGGAAUGAAAAUUGCAACCUUUGCAAAUGCCCGAACCACCUUGGAGGCAAGAAAAGGCGUCGGAAAGGCCUUUAUCACUGCAUUUCGAUCUGGUGCAGUCAUGGGUUUCCUCCUUGCUGCAAAUGGUCUCCUGGUGCUGUAUAUCACAAUCAACCUCUUCAAGCUGUACUAUGGUGAUGACUGGGAAGGUUUAUUUGAGUCUAUAACUGGUUAUGGCCUUGGUGGAUCUUCCAUGGCCCUCUUUGGCAGAGUCGCAGGAGGUAUCUAUACAAAAGCUGCUGAUGUUGGCGCUGAUCUUGUUGGAAAGGUGGAGAGAAACAUCCCAGAGGAUGAUCCCCGAAAUCCAGCGGUGAUUGCUGAUAAUGUUGGUGAUAACGUCGGAGAUAUAGCUGGUAUGGGAUCUGAUCUCUUUGGCUCUUAUGCUGAGUCAUCCUGUGCUGCCCUAGUUGUUGCUUCUAUCUCUUCCUUCGGGAUCAACCAGGAGUUGACUGGAAUGUUAUAUCCUCUCCUCAUCAGUUCUGUUGGCAUCCUUGUUUGUUUGCUGACCACCUUAUUUGCUACCGACUUCUUCGAGGUGAGGGACGUGAAGGAUAUUGAGCCAGCAUUGAAGAAGCAACUCAUUAUAUCCACUGCGAUAAUGACUGUUGGAAUCGCAAUUGUUAGUUGGAUUGCCCUUCCAUCUUCCUUCACCAUUUACGAUUUUGGAGUUCAGAAAGAAGUUAAAAACUGGCAACUGUUCUUAUGCGUUGGUGUUGGUUUGUGGGCUGGGCUUAUUAUUGGAUUUGUAACUGAGUACUAUACAAGCAAUGCUUACAGCCCCGUGCAAGAUGUCGCCGAUUCCUGUCGCACUGGAGCUGCUACAAAUGUUAUAUUUGGCCUUGCUUUGGGAUAUAAAUCCGUCAUAAUUCCUAUUUUUGCCAUUGCAAUCAGCAUUUUUGUUAGUUUUAGCUUUGCUGCUAUGUAUGGCAUCGCAGUAGCUGCCCUUGGAAUGCUAAGCACUAUAGCUACUGGCUUGGCUAUUGAUGCAUAUGGUCCCAUUAGUGACAAUGCUGGAGGCAUUGCUGAGAUGGCUGGCAUGAGCCACAGAAUACGGGAAAGAACUGAUGCCCUUGAUGCUGCAGGAAACACCACUGCAGCUAUUGGGAAGGGUUUUGCCAUUGGGUCUGCUGCUCUUGUUUCCCUGGCCCUUUUUGGUGCAUUUGCGAGUCGAGCUUCAAUUUCAACUGUAGAUGUCUUGACACCAAAAGUUUUCAUUGGUUUGAUCGUGGGUGCAAUGCUUCCUUAUUGGUUCUCUGCCAUGACAAUGAAAAGUGUAGGAAAAGCAGCUCUUAAGAUGGUUGAGGAAGUGCGCAGGCAAUUCAAUACUAUCCCUGGCCUCAUGGAAGGGACUGCCAAGCCUGACUAUGCCACCUGUGUCAAGAUCUCCACAGAUGCCUCCAUCAAAGAGAUGAUUGCGCCUGGCGCUCUUGUCAUGCUCACACCCCUUAUUGUGGGUAUCUUCUUUGGUGUGGAAACACUUUCUGGUGUCCUUACUGGAUCCUUAGUCUCUGGUGUCCAGAUUGCUAUCUCUGCAUCCAACACUGGUGGUGCUUGGGAUAACGCCAAGAAAUAUAUCGAGGCUGGUGCUUCAGAGCAUGCCAGGACUCUUGGUCCUAAAGGAUCUGAUGCACACAAGGCAGCUGUGAUUGGUGACACCGUUGGGGACCCCCUCAAGGACACAUCUGGACCAUCGUUGAACAUCCUCAUCAAGCUCAUGGCAGUUGAAUCUCUUGUGUUUGCUCCCUUCUUUGCUACUCACGGUGGCCUACUCUUCAAGAUUUUUUAAAACGAACGGAGAAUGAACUGUACUGCAGAUGUUGGCCUCUUGACUUUUUUUGUCUGACAAUCUCUUACCCAAAUUCACUCAUUUCCCUCUUUCUCUGCCUCGUUUUCUAACCUUGUUUCAACUAUAUUUAGUUUUUCUGGUGUUUGCUAAAUUCAGGAAAUUUGUAAGGCUAGGUGUUCGGAAAUAUAACGAUCGAUCUUGUGAAGAGUUGGGACAACAUUGUUAUUCUUUCCUGAUUAAAUGAGCAGUUUAUUGUCAAUUAUCCAUUUUUCUGUGAGCAACUUUUUUGGGAUGGUUUGGAAAAUAUAUCUGGCUUUCACUUGUUUUUUUUGG